CUCACACACCACACAUCGCACCUAUCCCUAACACGAAUUAAUUCCUCACCGACUCACCAUGGCGACACAACUUUUCGAGCCUUUACGUAUAGGCAACAUCACCCUAAACCACCGAGUAGUCAUGGCACCCCUGACUCGACUCCGCGCCGACGAACAUCAUGUCCAACUCCCCAUGUCCACCAACUAUUAUGAACAACGCGCCUCAGUUCCGGGGACCCUACUUAUCGCCGAAGCAACCCUCAUAUCCGCAGCAGCAGGAGGCGUCCCCCACGCCCCGGGCCUCUUUACCGAAUCGCAGAUCCAAGCGUGGAAGAAAAUCACCGACGCCGUGCACGCCAAGGGGAGUUAUAUCUUCUGCCAAUUAAUUGCCCUAGGCCGUGCCGCCGACCCAUCAACUCUCAGGAAGGAAGGGGGGUUCGAAGUCUCCGCGCCCAGUGCCAUUCCCAUGGAAGAUGGGGCAACGGUUCCCCACGUCCUAAGCGAAGAAGAGAUCCAGGGGUUCAUUCGGGACUUUGCAACUGCCGCUAAGAAUGCCAUUGCGGCGGGUUUCGACGGUGUUGAAGUCCACGGCGCUAAUGGGUACCUGGUGGAUCAAUUCGUUCAGGAUGUCAGUAACCAGCGGACAGAUAGGUGGGGCGGGAGUAUUGAGAACCGUGCACGGUUCGGGGUUGAAGUUGCCCAAGCGCUCGUUGAGGCUGUUGGUGCGGACCGCGUGGGAUUCAGAGUCAGUCCCUGGAAUACAUGGCAGGGGAUGAAGAUGGCGGAUCCGGUGCCUCAGUUCUCGUAUCUGGUGAGGCGGCUGAAGGAGCUUGGAUUGGCGUAUUUACAUGUUAUUGAGUCGCGGGUCAUCAAUAAUGUGGAUUGUGAGAAGCGGGAGGAGAUCGAGCCGUUCCUUGAUAUCUGGGGUCGGACUACUCCGGUGCUGGUUGCUGGAGGUUAUACGCCGGAGAAUGUACGUCAGGCGAUAGAGGAGGAGUAUCGGGAUUAUAAUGUUGCUGUUGUCUUUGGGAGACAUUUCUUGGCUAAUCCGGACUUGCCGUUUCGGUUGCAGCGUGGUAUUCCGCUUCAGAAGUAUGAUCGGGAUACAUUUUAUACGCCGAUGCAGUGUCAUGGGUAUGCGGAUUAUCCUUUUAGUUUGGAGUUUCAGACACGUUUGAAGAAUUAG